GUGCUACCUCAGGUUUGUGCAGCACGAGAUCACGGUCUGUGCCAGGCUUGCUACUCCCUUUGCUCACUUCGUCUCUUUGUCAACUUCACACUUCCCCUCACAUUCACAUUUUCCUUCACAUCUAUGUUUCCUCCACGUCCAUAUCUCCUGCACAGUGAAUUACCUUCACAUCCAUAUUUCCCUCACACACUUUCCAUUCACAGUACUUCAACCGGAGAAGAAUACAAAGCCUCGUUUCUUUCUCCUGAAUCACUUCUGUCUUCCCAACCAACCUCACUGCUACCACUUCCAAGAUGGAAACAAGCCUGGAGGCGCUUAUGGCCUUGGACUGCGGUCCGGACGGAUUGCAAGGGUACAAGGAUGAGAGGCAAGUGCUCUUGGAAAGGGUUGAAAGCCUGCUUCGCGAUGGCCCCGACAAGGACUUCGUGAUCAUCUGCGGCGAACGCGAAUGGGAAGUCCACUGCACGGUCUUGCAGAUCCAUUCGAAAGUGCUUGCGGCCGCGUGCGAAGGAGGAUUCAAAGAAGGCUUGGAGCGUCGCCUCGAUCUCACCGAUGAAGAACCCUCUUGCACGACCGCUUUAGUCGACUACCUCUACCACCUCAACUACUACGCCACCGACCUUGACGCCGAAGCAGGCGGGGCUCUAGGCCUCCAUACCAACAUGUGCAUUCUCGCCGAUCAGUACGACAUGCCCCCUCUCAAGACCCUUGCGAUCGAGAAGUUCAAAGCGGAAAUCCUGCGUCCAAAAUUUCAAAAGGACAGCUUGUCACCCGAGGCUGCACACGAUCUCGCCAUCGCGGCUACAUCCGCAUACGACGCCAUGGAGCCGACCACUGAGAUCCGGGAGGAGAUUGUCAAGAUCGCAAUCACCACAAAAGCGCUCUCUACUACGAACACGACGGAGUCCGAGCAAAGUGACUUCGAAGGAGUCGUUCGAACACGAGUAGAGCUGGCCGCCGACAUUGCCGCCGUGCUGACGAAGAUGUGUCUCAUCGACCGACCAGUCCCGUCGUCGCACGAGUGUCGCUUUCGCUGCCCGGCUUGUGCUGCUACCUUCAUCGCGGAGCUGAGUGAAAGGGCGCUCGGUACGGGUUUCGGGAAUUGUUACCAAUGUGGGGAGAAGUUUCGGCUGGCAACAUGGCGGAAGCAUAUUGUGAACCGAAUUCUUCACGCUCACCUGGAAUAGCCGUGCAUUUCUCUUAUGAAUGGUGGGCACUACUGCGUGCUUGAUAGAAGCGUUGCUACCCGGCGGACUGCAUGCUUGCGGAGUCGGAAGUGUGGCUACAUCAAGUUCUUGGGUAAGAGAAAUUUGUACCCUUUGCUCUU